UACAUUGGAACUUGAGUUUAACCUACAAAGUUAAUCAUCUAUCCUCUUUGAUUUGAAGCCUUGCUUUGUUCUCUCUCCAUGUCCUGCAUCAUGCUAAGGUUUCCACAUGCUAGAAAGGCAUGGAAAAGCCUCACUUCCACACUAGGAAAACUUCGUAAGAUUCGUAGGUCCAAAGCCAUGAAGAAACAAAGAAAGCAUCUAAACAACAACACUUCACAGACUACCAAAGCCCCUCCUAAGUUCCUUGCUACUAAGCGUUUUCGCCACAAAAGGUUAGCAACUGUCACAAGUGUCAUCUACGGCUUCCGCAAAAAGCCUGCACCUGUGUAUAUCGAUAAGCUCUUUAAAGAGCCUUCCUUUGACUUGGUGGAGAAUAUGAAGCCACAGAAAGUUCUCAAACCACGAACUGAAAAAACUGCAAAGCUCCCAUAUCAAUCAAGGGAAGAAGAAGAAGGAGGAACAAGCAUGGAAGGUGCAUCUGACAAACCCUCUACAUCAGAUGAUAUGUGGGAGUCACUAGCAGCAGUAGCCUCACCCCUGAUGCAAGGAAUAGAUGAACGAGCAGAAGAGUUCAUCGCCAGGUUCAGAGAACAAAUGGCGGCACAAGAGAUGUUAGCCAGAAAUCUGUAGCACGUGUUCUGGAAUCUUUCUCUCUAGUAGUGUAGCUACGUUUAUCAAUGUGUAAAUUCCAUCUUUGAUUUCCAUGCAUUGAUAUAAAGUACAACUACCGAAGUAUAGGUCUACUAGAUAGUUAACGACCAGUCUGUAAGGAUAUUCUCUCAAUUAUGUCAACUACUUUGUUCAUCAUUUUCCGAUCCAUAUAGAUUGUUUAAUAUCAGCAACGAAUUGGAAGAGAUGAAAACUCCUUAGAACAAAA